AUCCUGAUUUCUCCCUGAAACCGGGACAGGCUGCGCUGAUCAGACCUGCCUAUGGUUACCACGUGCAGUUUAACUUCCCAACUUCGGCUACGGAGAAAAGGUUUUAAAAAAAGACCCCGUUAAACUUUGAGUAUUGGUCGAUUUUUUGGCAUUGACUCACCAACAAUUCACUAGAGGUGUGAACGGAUUUUAUUCGUGUUUUUCCCACUGUGCAGCUGUGAAAGUAAACUGGUGGUCAUUGUUACAAACACGGAGGACAACGGACUCAGAAAUCGAUGAAAACAACAAGCUGAUUGAAUGGUCAGAGGGGUUGAGUGACAGCCAGAGGUUUGCCAGCAAUGGGCCGGAAGUUGGACCUGUCGGGAUUAACAGACAACGAGGCAGAGCAUGUGCUGCAGGUGGUGCAGAGGGACAUGAAGUUACGCAAGAAGGAGGAGGAACGUCUCAGUGAACUGAAGCAGGAGCUGGAUGAGGAGGGCAGUCGCUGCCUCCUGCUGUCACGGCAGAGUUGUUUCAACCAGCGCUGCUGUAUUCGUUGCUGCUUGCCCUUCACCUUCCUGCUCAACCCCAGGCGCCAGUGCCAGGACUGCUGCUACAACGUCUGCAAGGCAUGCCGGGUCUACAGCAAGCGGGACAAAGCCUGGCUCUGCUCCGUCUGCCAGAAGAGCAGGUUGUUGAGGACACAGUCACUGGAGUGGUUCUACACUAAUGUGAAGAAGCGCUUCAAGAGAUUUGGCAGCGCCAAAGUGCUGAAGACUCUCUACAGGAAGCACUUGGCAGAGCACAGUGCGCUUUCAGAGCUGACUGAAGGCAGCGCCUACGAGGAGAGCGUCUGCAAUGAGGGCAGCGUCUGUGAGAGCGACUCAACCUUCUACAGACAAAGUGAAGCGCACAGCAUGGCCGAGACGCUCACUGUGGCCUUGCGGGUGGCAGAGGAGGCCGUAGACGAGGCCAUUUCCAAGGCAGAGUUCGACACGGCCAAUCAGGAGAAGCAGAAUGAGGCACACUAUCUGCGGGAGCACAGAGGAGAGCUCAUUGCGGAACUGGCCAAAACUAUUGUGCAAAAAAUCGUCAGUAGGAGGAAGACUUUGGCUGAGAUGAGGACAGAGUGCGACCAGGACUGGCCCCUUGAACAAAACGCUGACCCCCGCCAUCCUCAGCCCACCUGUGAUCAAGCCUCGAGCUCCCUCAAACACCAACCAGGCCUCUGGAGGUCACACUCUGCCUCUUCACUGUUGGACAAUGACCCUCCAGGUCUGAUACAAGACUCUCUGCAGGCGUUUAAGAAGGAGGGUGGUGGAUCAACUAUUUCUGCUUGGAAGAGUGUAGACCGGCUGGACAACGCUGGUGUGUCCUCAGUGCUGAAGAGCCCAGACGGGAACUGGAUUGCCCUGCAGAGCGCCCAGCUGUCUCGCCCCAGCCUGCUGACCAGAAGGAAAAGCCUGGUCUUUAGUGCCUUGGAGAGGGAGUCCGGAGUGGUGUCCGCCUACGAAGGCAUGGGCUCUGAUAACGAAACCAAGUCUGAGCCUGACAGCUCCUGGGGUGCUGUCCUCCAGGAGAUCCACAGAAAGAUGACAGACUCUAACUUCAACCUGCAGGACCCUCGGGACAGGACCCAGCUGCCUCUAAUGGGCCGCCGAGGCAGCAGAGACGAUAUGUUUUCGGACUCUGAGGGGAACUGGAAGCCCAAUAAACCUCUGCUUGCUUUUUUUAAGAGGAAUAUGCCUGCAGAGAUCAGGCGACCUUCAUCAUCCGGAAGGACAAGUGUCAUUGAUGUGAACUUUAAUGUAGAAGGAGCAGGAGAGGAGGAGGAGAGCAGUGUGGCUGCUGCGCUGGAGGUGGGAAAAGUCAGGAGAUCACGGAAGAAAAGGAAGAGUAAAAAAGAGCAAGUAGCUUCUUCGUCUGUGUCGGAUUUAAACAAAGAAGACAACCAAUCCCAACCUAUUUCUGAUGCCGUGACGCCUGACACUUUGACCUCUGGUGCCACAACCCCUGAACCUUUUGACCUCGAGAGUGACAUGGCUGGACACGGAGCCAGUCAGAUGGACGAGAUGCUCACGUUAAAACUACAACAGCUAGCGGUCCGAGUUUGUGACUCCUCCACUCAAGAAGAAGUACUUGACAAAGACUUAGAUUGUGGUGAUGAUGGACCGGGGGAAGAAAGGAGACAAGGAAGUGAGGACAAAGAUGGUGAAAGGUUGUGGAAGAUGGAGAUCGACUUGGAUGAAGUAAGAAUGGAGGAUGAGAAAGAGGACGAAGAGAGAGAUUUAGAAGUAGAUGAUGAAGAGAUGAAACACAGAUUAUACAGGCUCGUCGCACAGUCCAGACUCACAUACUUUUCCUCCACUGAUGAUGAUUUAAACAAAGCAGGCCAGAGUGAAGGAGAAUGGGACGAAAAUAUAGAGGAAGACGGAGAGCAGGAGGAGGAAAUGACAGAAGGACUCACAUAUAAACUCUGUCAACUGGAAAAUGAAGUCAGAGCUACACAGUUCUCAUCCACAGAGGACGAGCUGGACAGAGUUGGCAUCGAAGAGAAGAAGACAGAAGAGGAGGAUGGGAGGAAUGAGGAGCUGGCUGUGAAAGUGUGCAGAUUAGCUAAACAAGUCAGUGCCACCCAGUUUUCAUCCACAGAGGAUGAGUUGGACAGAGCAGGCAGAGGCAAAGAAGGGGAGGAAGCAAUAGACGAGGAAACGCUGUGGAAGUUACAGGAAGAAAAAGCAGUUCAGGCUGCUCAGCUGCGCGAUUUGGCCAGUCUAGUCAGCGCCUCUCAGUUUUCUUCCACUGAGGAUGAGCUGGAUAGAAUCGGAAAGAAUGAGGGAGAUGGAGAGCAAGAGGUAACUAAAAGAGGAACUGAAAGCAGCGUUGAGAGGGAAGACGUGUGGGGAGGAGCCGUGGAGAGGAGAGAAUCAUUUGGAAAGUUGGAUGUGAAAAUGUUUGAUUUGAGAGAUGAGACUGAGGAAACAAAGACUGAGAGUAGUGAUGAAAAAGCAACAGCUGAGAAUGUUUUGGUAGGUGAGAUUAAGACAGAUGACGUCCAACUAGGUAAAACACAGAAGAGAGAAGAACCCGAAGAGAGAGUAUGUGAAUGUGAGGCUGUAAAAGCUCAACAGAAAAGACAAGUGAUGAAGUUGAAAUCAGCGAUGGAAGCAGAGAAAACGGAGGAGAUAAUCGACUCCAAUGAGACAAGAGAGGAACAGGGAUAUCAGCCAGAGGCAAAGUGGCCAGACGAAAACGAAGGAGAAGACAAGUUUAACAAGGAGGGUCAGGGGAAGUGGGAAGCAACAGCAGACAGUGAAGAGGAAGACCCAGAAUUUGACAGAAUAAUCAGCAGCAUGUUGAUGAUGACUUUGGAGGACAUGCAGGUAGAAACAUUAAAGAAUAAAGCUGAAGGAAAUGGGAGAAUAAAUAGAGAGCUAGAGGAAACGGAGACAGAAGCGAGUGUUAAAAUAGGGAGAGAAAGUGGUUUCAAAGAAAAGGUUGUUGAUGAACAGACUGCAGAUGCAUCAGAGGAGAGAGGAAGUGCGAAAGAGCCUCAAAGUCAAGGUGACAAUGUGACAUCAGAGUUGGCUGCGAGAGAAAGACCAGAAGAAAAUGCAACUGAGCAAAUUGGAGGAAACACUUCCAGGAAAGACAGGAGUGGAGAGGUGACGAGCAGAAACGAAAAUGAGCAAGAAGAUACGGACAUGGAUCGACGAGAAAGAAGAAAUUUAGCAUUUGAGACAAAUGAGGCCCAACAGAAAUGUAAGAGAAUAGAAGUGGAUGAUGAGGAAGAAGACGAUGGUGGAGGAAAAAUGGUGACUGAGUGGCAAAUGAUGGAGACGCAGGGAGUUGCUGCAGAGGGAGAGUGCAAAAAUAAAGAAGUGGAUGAAAAAUCUGAGGAAACCAAAGAAAAAAGUGCAAACGACACAGAGCAGAGCAGCACAUCUCCUCCACAGGAGAGUUUACUGUCACCAGAGGAGAUUCAAAAUGGUAGUGAAAUCGAGCUUUACAAAACAGUACAGUUUAUAUCUUCUCUUCUGGAGCAGAGGUAUUCGGCAGUGUCUCUGCGCAGCAUCACCACAGAGGUGCUGAAGGUGCUGAAUGCCACCGAGGAGCUGCUGCAGGGAGUGGAAGGAGGAGACAACACCCGGCUCUCUUCCACCUCACUGCCCCCCAACACAGACCUCAAGAAACUGGACCAACAGUUCUCCAGGCUGGAGGAGAACGUGUACGUGGCGGCUGGCUCGGUGUACAGUCUGGAGGCGGAGCUGAGUGACCUCGAGGAGUGUGCCAGGGGAAUCUGCAGCUCCACAUCCGAUAUGGAGCUGUCCUUCCUGGAGGAGCAGGUGGCAUCAGCAGCUGCCAAGGUCCAGCAGUCUGAACUACAGAUUUGUGACAUCUCUGCAAGAAUUGCUGCAUUGAAGAGUGCAGGCCUCAAUGUGGACACACAGUCACACGUCACUAAGACCAGGACCAUUCCAGUUAUGCCAGUCACCCUGGACUCAUCAAGACAACUGAGGAGGCGCUUACCUGCACCGCCAGUGAAAGAAGACAAAGAAACCUAAAUCACUGAUCCCGGACCGUUGCAGUACCUUCAAUACAGAAGUGCCUUGACCCUGUGACUCUGCAGCCUACAGGCCAGUCUUAAACGAUCCAUUCAGACACCAUUAUGCCUUAAUUUAACCCUACACUAACCAUGCCUCAAAUAAUACAGAACACUAGUAGUCUAUGUAGAUAUUGUUUAGAUGUGCAAUAUGUCACCGAUAGUGCAGGAAAUCAUCAAUUCUAGUAUCAUGUCAGAUAUGUACAGUAAAUGAAACAACUUUAUUUUCAGAUUGGGGACCAAACAGUUUUGAAAUUUUAUCAGCACUAAUCAACCAUGUGAAGAGACAGAGGAGGUGAACUCUCAGUUUUAAGACUUUUAGAUUUCAAAACAUGUAGAUAACUGGUGAAAUGAUUAUAUUACACAGUAUGUGUAAAAAAACUUUCUAGACUUAAUUUUAGUUGUACAUUUAACUAACUGAUGAAUAUACAAAUAGUGUGCAGCUACUGGAUAAAACCUGCAAUUUACACUGUUCUUACUGUAUAUCAUAAAUAUACAGAUUACACAUACAUGGGAACAAUUAUAGCAUGUUAGAAAAGUUACAAGACUGUAUCAUGUCUGAAAUUAAUACUAUAGGUAUAAUAUAAACCUGUAUUUCAUUUAUUGUGGGUGUUGUAGUGUACAUAUUUGUACAGCAAAGCAAUCAAUAAAUGUUGUUUUUAAGUACAGAAAAUAAAAAUCUUAAGUUGCAAA